UGCGAAAGUGACCAUGUAGCUUUUAUUUUGAAAGCACCUACAGGAUGAUUUUCUUCUCGUUAAAGUGACAAGACAGGAGAGAGAGAAUAGGAGUUUGGGAAAAGAAAAAGUUAGCCAGCAGCGCUCCAAGAGAAGAGCAAACACAAAGAGGGCGACGCUCGCGCUGAAUGAUCAGCCUAUACAACUUUUAAUAUCACUGAGCCUGCCUCAUGAGGCUUGCCUAACACGCUUUCCACUGAAUUCUCAGACGCAAGUUGCUGUCAUUGAAACUUGAGCGAGAUGAUUUUGGGGGGUACUUGGUCUGUCCUUCUCUUGCUGCCUGUGGUGGUAUCAGCUCAGUAUCAAGGAGACAACGGAAUUGUCAUCCCGGAGCAUGGAUUCUGCCAACCGAUUUCCAUACCUCUCUGCACGGAUAUCGCCUACAACCAAACCAUCAUGCCCAACUUAGUGGGCCACUACAACCAGGAGGACGCAGGGCUGGAGGUACACCAGUUCUACCCGCUGGUGAAGGUACAGUGCUCCCCGGAGUUGAAAUUCUUCCUGUGCUCCAUGUACGCGCCGGUUUGCACUGUCCUGGAGAAGGCCAUCCCGCCUUGCAGGUCCAUCUGCGAGAGGGCCAAGCAAGGUUGCGAAGCUCUCAUGAACAAGUUUGGCUUCCAAUGGCCCGACAGACUCCGCUGCGAGAACUUCCCCGUGCUGGGCGACGGUCAGAUAUGCGUGGGACAGAAUGACUCGUCCGCCGCCACCGUCCCGCCCUUGCCCAUCCCAGGCACCCAGGACGUCUCAGUGGUCUCCGGCCCUGAAAGCUCCUUCCGUUGCCCCACCGCGCUUGUGGUGCCCCCAUACUUGAACUACAUGUUCUUGGAGGAGAAGGACUGCGCCGCUCCAUGCGAGCCGGCCCGCGGUGGCGGCUACAUGUUUUUCACCGACAAGGAGAUCCACUUUUCACGCAUCUGGAUUCUGGUCUGGUCGGUCCUGUGUUGCGCUUCCACCUUAUUCACGGUCACUACUUAUUUGGUGGACAUGCAGCGUUUCAGGUACCCCGAGAGGCCCAUUAUCUUCCUGUCGGGCUGCUACACCAUGGUCUCCAUCGCGUACAUCGCAGGCUUCUUCCUGGGCGACAAAGUGGUGUGCAACGAGAGCUUCAACCCGGAGGGCUACAAGACAAUCGUCCAGGGCACCAAAAAGGAAGGCUGCACCAUCCUCUUCAUGAUGCUCUACUUCUUCAGCAUGGCCAGCUCCAUCUGGUGGGUGAUCCUGUCCCUCACCUGGUUCCUGGCCGCGGGGAUGAAGUGGGGCCACGAAGCCAUCGAAGCCCACUCCCAGUACUUCCACUUGGCGGCCUGGGCGGUGCCGGCCGUCAAAACCAUCAGCAUCCUGGCCAUCGGGCAGAUCGAGGGCGACGUGCUGAGCGGCGUGUGCUUCGUCAGCCUCAGUAACCUGGACCCCCUGCGAGGUUUUGUCCUGGCGCCUCUCUUCAUCUACCUCUUCAUCGGGACCUCCUUCCUACUGGCCGGCUUCGUGUCGCUCUUCCGCAUCCGCACCAUCAUGAAGCACGACGGCACCAAGACGGAGAAGCUGGAGCGGCUCAUGGUGCGCAUCGGCGUCUUCAGCGUGCUCUACACCGUCCCCGCCACCAUCGUGAUCGCCUGCUUCUUCUACGAGCAGGCCUUCCGCCCGCACUGGGAGCGCAGCUGGGUCAGCCACAGCUGUCGGAGCCUGGCUAUCCCGUGUCCGCCGCAUACGGGGCCCCGCAUGACGCCGGACUUCACCGUCUAUAUGAUCAAGUACCUGAUGACGCUCAUUGUGGGGAUCACGUCUGGUUUCUGGAUCUGGUCUGGGAAAACGCUGCAUUCCUGGCACAAGUUCUACACCCGGCUGACAAACGGCAAACACGGCGAGACCACCGUGUAGGAUGAAUGGCCUGCCGCAAGCUCUUGGACGGACUGAUUUGUGCUUUUCAUGGCGGCCGUGUGUUGGUUUGAGGAGGGGAAAGGGUGGGGGGGGGGGGGCCAAGUUCUUGGGUAUUUGGAGCCGCAAAGCUAAAAAGUGUUUGGGUUUUGACCAAGCAGCGAGCUGGAUUAACGCGGCCCGAACGGGACAGUCUGACUGAACAAACACACAACAAACAUGGCCGACGUGGCCAUGUGCUGAAAUGCUCACCUUCUCGUUCCUCCUCUUCCUCCCUUCUUGGCUCCACGGUCCAGCAGCCAAGACUGGAGCACAAAGAGCAUUUCACAUGUAAUUAAAUCCAAGUGUAAAUAGUAAUUGUAAAAACAUGAAAGUAUAUAUUUGUAUUUAAAAAAAAUAAUAAUACUACCGCUUAAUUGUCAGUGUACCUGCUUCUCUUUUGCACCGCAACAAAGCCAAAUGGAUCUGCCCCCCCCUUUAAAAAAAAAAGAAAAGAAAAUACCAUAAUAAUGGUAAUCAUAUCUGCAGUUAUGUGAGCCUGAUUCAUGCUGGAUUUUUGUAUGUAAAAAAAAAAAAAAAAAAAAAACCAAAAUAAUGGUAAUCAUAUCUGCAGUUAUGGGGGCCUGAUUCAUGCUGGAUUUUUGUAUGUAAAAAAAAAAAAAAAAAAAAAACCAAAAUAAUGGUAAUCAUAUCUGCAGUUAUGGGGGCCUGAUUCAUGCUGGAUUUUUGUAUGUAAAAAAAAAAAAAAAAAAAAAACCAAAAUAAUGGUAAUCAUAUCUGCAGUUAUGGGGGCCUGAUUCAUGCUGGAUUUUUGUAUGUAAAAAAAAAAAAAAAAAAAAAAGUAAAACCAAAUUGGCAUAAUGUCAAGUUCUAUCAGCAAAAUGUACAAAUGCCCCGCUUUAUUUUAUUAAUGUAUGUAGUCACUUUAUAUGGAAGCUACGAAAUACUCUUGUGUCGUUAUACAACCAACGUAGGUGGUCUAAUGUUAUUUUGCCUUCAAAAUUUGGGUCGGAAUGAUCGCUGAUACAAAUUGCUCACAUGAUGUCAGGCAUUCAUACAUCCUACUUUCCUGUUUUUAUUUUCUCUUGACAUCCUGGGAGAUUUGCUUGUUCUUUCUAAAACAGAACAAUAUCACCAAGAGCAGAUCUCAUCUAGUAUUUCAAAUGCGGGCCGAGAGGAAGUGUCAUUCAUCGGCGUAGUAAUCGGGCGGACAAUGAACGUGGCGCGACUUGUUUCUGCGGGCGAGUAAGAUAGCGUUCUGCCCCACGGCUAUACGUAAUCUAAACAUCAGUGUGGGCGGCAGCAAAACUAAAAAUGCUUCAUUGUUGUCAUGUUUUGAGAACCUUGUGAGACUAUAAUUACCCGCUGCUGCUCUAUUGCUAAUCAAAACGUAUGAAUGGUUGACAUCUUUGGGGCAGUCGUGUAGCUCUUGUCACACGUAUUAUCUACAUUUUUAGAAUGUCAAUAUUUCAGCUGUUGUGCAAGAAUAACCAAAGUUGUAAAUUUAGUCAGAUUUUGUUCCAAAAAGUCAUCGAAUGUCAGUGGCUAUGUGCUAGCCGCUAAUAUAACAUUUCCAUUGCGUCUUGUCCGCCAUAUUUGUGGAAUACUUUUCGUGUGUUUUGAUUCAUGUUACGUUUUUGUACGGUUUCCGACGAAAUUGUCCCGCGAUCACGUCAAACCAAAAAUAUGUGUCAAUCCAAAUGUGCAGAUUAAACACCUCCUUCUCAAACGAAA